AUGGGUUUCUUUGGAAAGAAAGACCCUUGUGGUGACGAGAUCAAAGAGGUUCCGAUAAUGAGCGACCCGGAGAAGCAGCAGCCGGUCCACCACAAUGACGUUCAGACCGCUCUUCCUCAGAUUCCUCCGACGGUGAUCGCAGGAAUGGAGGAUGACCUGGACCUCUCCGGAAAUCGCUAUGCCUGGCUCCUAACGAUCUUUUACAUCUCCUAUGUCGUGUUCGAGUUUGGGGCCUUCAUGUGGAAGAUCAUGCCGCCUCAUCGAUGGGCAGCCAUUACGGUCUUGUCCUGGGGCAUUGUGGCGACAUGUCAGGCCGCGGUCCAGAAUUGGGAGGGACUCAUGGCUUUGCGGUUCCUGCUCGGCAUGUCUGAGGCUGCCUUUGGUCCCGGAACUCCUUAUUUACUGUCUUUCUUCUAUCGCCGUCAUGAGCUCGGCUUCCGCUGUGGGCUCUUCGUGUCAGCCGCCCCUCUAGCGAAUACAUUCGCCGGUGCCCUUGCGUAUGGAAUUACUUCGGGUCAUUCCAAGUUAGCGAACUGGAGAUUGUUAUUUCUGGUAGAGGGCAGCCCGUCAUUGCUGGCUGCUAUCCUAGCCUGGCGAUUUCUCCCCGACAGCCCUUCCAAAGCCCGGUUUUUGACCGAAGAAGAGAAGGAGGUUGCGCGGGCAAGAAGCCUUCAGCAGAGUGGCGAACGCGAACGGUCGAACAAGAUCAAUUGGAGAGAGUUAGCCGAAACACUAACGGAUGCGAAGGCCUGGCUAACCGCGUUGAUGUACUUCAGCUGCAACGUGAGCUUUUCUUCGCUUCCGGUGUUCCUGCCCACCAUCCUGAAGGAUAUGGGGUUCACUUCGAUCAACGCCCAAGGGCUUACGGCGCCGCCCUACUUUGCUUCGUUCCUGGUCACAAUUGCCACCACCUGGAUCGCGGAUCGGUUGCAACAGCGUGGUUUGAUGCUUAUGGUCCUGUCUCUGAUCGGAGCUAUUGGCUACGUUCUCCUCGCCACCUGCACAUCUGUUGGCGCGCGUUACGCAGGGGUGUUCCUCGCUGCUAUCGGUGUAUUCCCUUGUAUCGCGAACAUUCUCCCGUGGGCUCUGAAUAACCAAGGCUCGGAUUCACGACGGGGUAUGGGCAUUGUCAUCCUCAAUCUCAUCGGCCAAUGCGGACCCUUCCUGGGCACGAACGUCUUCCCGGAAAGCGACGGGCCGCGCUACAUCCGCGGACAGUCCAUUUGCGCUGCCUUCAUGUUCUUCACCAUGAUUCUCGCGCUCGCUCUCCGAACCCUUCUCGUAUGGGAGAACCGCCGCCUAGACAAGCAACAUGGCACGCAGGCCGAGCGGGAAGCACGGGGGUGGAACAAAGGCGAAAAUGUCGCCGAAGAGAAUUAUGGAGCUGGAUUCCGCAAUGGAAUCCGCUUCUCCAUCACCGACAUCUCACCCCCGACAGCGCGGACCAUGCCCACCGUUUACCAGGACCGGGCUGGCAUCUCGCUCUACGAUGCCCAGUUCGCCGGUGGUGCGCGCGGCCCCAUCCCGCAGGACGUUGUAGAGCAGGUCGUGGACCGGUUGGUGCGGUUCCAGAUUACGUGCGAGGAUUUCGGCGUCCCAGCGCAGAAUGUUUACGUGCUUGCUACGGAGGCGACGCGGACGGCGCCGAAUUCGGAGGAGUUUCGGGCGCGCAUUAAGCACCGCACGGGGUGGGAGGUGCGUCUGUUGUCGAAGGAGGAUGAGGGGAGGAUUGGGGCGCUGGGUAUCGCGAGCAGUGCUUCCUCGGUAGCGGGGCUGGCGAUGGAUCUCGGGGGUGGGAGUACGCAGAUUACGUGGGUGGUUGAGAAGGAUGGGGUCGUGACUACUAGUCCAAGGGGGUCGUUCAGUUUUCCUUACGGGGCAGCGGCGUUGACGAAGCGGUUGGAGCAGGCGAAGGCGGAAGGGAAGAAAGCGGAGAAGGCGUUGAAGCAGGAGAUGAUCAACAACUUUCAGGAGGCGUAUCGGGCUCUCGAGGUUCCGGAGUUUCUGUUGGAGACGGCGAAGUCGCUGGGGAGGUUUGAUUUAUAUCUCUGUGGAGGUGGGUUCCGGGGCUGGGGCUACGUGCUCAUGAAUCAGCAUAAGGUGGAUCCUUAUCCGAUCCCUAUCAUUAAUGGGUUUCGAGUGCGCAGAGGAGACUUCCAUGAUACUGUGUCUGUUCUGGAUUCGGUCUCUGACUCGGAUGAGAAGAUAUUCGGCGUCUCGAAGCGACGGGCUUCGCAGAUCCCCGCGGUGGCUGUCCUGGUCAAUGUGAUCAUGGACGCCUUGCCAGAUAUUACACACAUCCAGUUCUGCCAGGGAGGCGUCCGGGAGGGUUUCCUUUUCGACCAGAUGCCCCAGGAGGUUCGCGCACAAGAUCCGCUUCUAGCGGCCAGUUUGCCGUAUGCAUCUCCAUCCAAUGCAGCCAUUCGAGGACUACUGGCUGCCGCGUUGCCUUCGACAUCUUCGCCUACAGAAUCUCGCCAUGCACCGGUUUCGUUCUCCCCUCAGUUACUUGGGGCGCUCGCAAACCUGCUUUUUGCUCAUUCCCGCGUGCCGCGCGAAUCGCGUUCGGCUGUUGCACUGCAUAGUACUACGACCGGCAUCCUGGCAUCCGUGAACACUCUAUCACACGUCGAACGUGCCCUGAUUGCCCUGAUACUCUGCGAGCGCUGGGCAGGGGACCUGGCACCCACGGAUGAAGUAUUCCACCGGCAGCUGAGCCGCUGUGUUUCUAAGCAGGAGGCUUGGUGGUGUCAGUACUUGGGUCGGGUAGCGACCCUAAUCGGAGACGUGCAUCCAUCCGGCCGCGUGUCGGACACGCAUUGGAGGAUUCAACUGGAGACGGAAUGGGAAUCUAUUGUGAAGAAGAAAGACGAGUGCGAUCUGCUGCGUCUCAAAGUGAAAUGCAACAAUGCUGUUGCUGCUGCCGCCUUCUCGCUUGACAGCUUACAGGAAAGGGCGGAGAAAGUCGAGAAAGCCGGAAAGAAAAAGAACUGGCCGAAGGAUUAUGGAGUGCGAGUGGGGGUAACGAUUUGCUAG